UUAAAGAAUGCGUGCAAGAAGUCUUCUUUUCUAAACCGUUUUUUGGGUAGGUCAGCAGCUGAAGAAAAAAAAAAUAUUGUUCAGAAUGUAAAGAACAUAUUUUUACAAAAAUUUGUGGGUUGGUCAUCUGCAUUCAAACAGUCACAAAAACAACUGUAAAACGUUGGAGGAAAAAGGAAUUCAAGUAAUAAAAUCAGCUUUCAAGGAAAGGAUAAUAUCAUACAGAUUAUCUACCGAAGAAAAUAUUUUAAAUGUUAAAAACUAUUUUAAAAUAUUGGAACAAAAGAUUCUACGGGUGUUUGACAAUCAAUUGAAAAAACAUACUUGUAUUAAAAUCAAUAUAGAACUUUUUGGAUAUUACUAUAAUCCAAGUACUGAUAAUCAUGAUGUCAAAUCGUUCAACACUCCAUUUAAAGUAAUUUGUAACAGCAGUGCAACAAAGGAUUUGAUAGAAGAAUUUGCAACAAUUAUUGACAACAAGGCUGAUGAAUUCGCAGAAAGGGACUCUGGAUGGAUUUUACUAAAUCUUCUUUUUAUGGAAAUUAACAUCAACAAAUUCAAUCCUUUGAGAGCAUCAUCUUUUAUUUAACUUCCUCCUAAAAUAGUACGACGUCAAUAGUACGACGUCAACAUAAGAAAUAAGGAUGACUACUGCUUCGCAUGGUCCGUAGUUGCAGCCCUUCAUCCUCCAACAGGUGUUGAUUUUCAAACAUCAUCAUACCCACACUAUUCAACAGUUUUGAACACUACAGGUAUUGAUUUUCCAAUAUCAUUAAAAGAUAUUAAAAAUUUUGAAAAUCAAAACAAUAUUUCUAUCAAUGUGUACGGUUUAGAAAAAUAUUGUAAUAAAAUUUCUAAUAAUGAAGAAUAUGAAAAAAUAAUUGGUCCUCUACAUUUUUCUAGUGAUAGAAAAAAUAUUCAUGUUAAUUUAUUAUUAAUAAAUGAUGAUGAUGAAAAUUUUCAUUAUUGCUACAUUUCCGAUCUUUCUAAAUUAAUUUCUAAACAACUUAGUAAACAUAAUGGAAGAAAAUAUUUGUGUGAAGGAUGUCUUCAAUACUUUGACACAGAACAAAAAUUACAGUAACAUAAUAGUUAUGAUUGUGAUCAUGUUAGAAUUAAUUUACCUUCUAAAGAAUUAUUUAAAGACAAAUAUGGAAAUGUAGCAUAUGAAAACACAUUAAAAUAUGUUAAUUAUCGAAAGCAAAUGAAAGUUCCUUUUAUAGUAUAUGCAGAUUUUGAAUGUAUUUUAAAACCUUUGAAUGAGAAUUAUGAUGUAGAAAAUCCAAAUAAUUCAUAUACAUUAAAAAAAUUUAAACAUAUUCCAUACUCUUUUGCGUAUUACAUCAAAUGUUCAUUUGAUGAUAAAUAUUCUAAGUUUGAAAAAUAUAGAGGUUUCAUGCAUAACACGGAAAUCAGAGACAAACAAUCCUUUUCUAUCAAAUUUUGAUGCAACAAAACCUAAUAAAUAUAUAAUGUACUAUGAUGCAACAAAUUUAUACGGUUUUGCUAUGUCCCAAUAUCUGCCAACAGGUGAUUUUGUAUGGUUAACCGAAAAAGAAAUAAAAAAUCUAGAUAUUUUUUCAAUUUCUAGUACAUCUAGCAAAGGACAUGUUCUAGAGGUUGAUCUGGAAUAUCCUGAAAGUCUCCACGACACUCAUAAUGAUUUUCCUUUUUGCCCUGAAAAUUAUAAACCACCUAAUUCAAAAUCUACAAAAUUAAUACCAAAUUUAAACAAUAAGUUAAAAUAUGUAAUUCAUUACCAAUUGUUAAAACAAUGUCUACAAAAUGGACUUAAGAUUUCUAAAAUUCAUAGAGUAAUACAAUUUUCACAAUCUGCUUGGUUAAAAAAAUUUAUAGACUUAAAUACCACACUACGAAAUCAAUCGAAAAAUGAAUUUGAUCGCCACACAUACAAAUUAGCAAACAAUAGUAUAUACGGCAAAACAAUGGAAAAUGUGGAUAGGAGAGUCGAUGUAAGACUUGUUACCGAAUGGGAAAAAAAUAAAAGAACAGAUGGAGCUGAAAAUUUGUUAGCAAAGCCAUAUUUCAAGGACUUAACAAUUUUCUCAGAAAACUUGGCUAUUCAAAUGAAAAAAAUACUAGUUACUUAUAAUAAACCAAUAUACGUUGGAUUUUGUAUUUUAGACAUAUCAAAAACUGUCAUGUACGAUUUUUUUUAUAAUUUUUUAAAACCUUUGUAUAAAGAUAAUGUGUCUCUUUUGUAUACUGAUACAGAUUCUUUUAUUCUGGAAGUGACAACAGAAAAUGUUUACCAUGAUAUGCAUAGAAUAUUCAUAAAUUUGACACUUAUUUGCCAAAUAAUAAUCAUAAUAUGCCUAUAACACAAUCAGUGGUUGGUAAAUUUAAGGAUAAAUAUGCUAGUGAACCCAUUGUAGCUUUCUAUGGUAUCGGAAG